CGCAACUACAACACUUCGCAUUCAGCUUUAAUCGCAUCGCCACACCAGUCAUCAUGUCCAGGGUGGCUCACGCUUACACCGACGACAAGGAAGGCGCCGCCCUCCCUCCGGAGGCGCCAGAUGGUCAAGUGAGCGAUUCCUCGUACUCGACCGGAAAGAGCGAACCAAUUCCUGUUCAGGACGACACCGCUCCGGUCGAGGAUCCCAUUCGGCCUGAGAAGGCCAACUCAGACGAGCAACUCGGCAAGCAUUGCUUUCCUUCACAGCAUAUGCAUCCAUCAGCCAACAAACCCAUUAUGCUUACUAGACCUGGAAUGCUUACCGACACCAUAAAACAGGAUGAGAAGGAAGCUAUCGACAAAUCCAAUAUCAUCAAAGAGCGUACCCGAGGUGCCCCACCGAAGGGCACGUACCAGGGGCCGUCGGAUGAGAAGGACCUAGUCGAGUGA